AUGCUGACAGAGAGAGUCCCUGCUGGCCUGAUGUCAUCGGUUGUAGCCCCGGAAAAGCCCACCUCUAACACCAUGGGCCCCAAAGAGGUGGAGCUGAUCCUGGUGAAGGAGCAGAAUGGGGUUCAGUUCACCUCAAGCACCAUAGUGGCUCCGGCUCCUACUCAGACCCACCCCAAUGGGGAGGAGGAGAGGGAGACCUGGGGGAAGAAAAUCGACUUCCUCCUGUCUGUGAUCGGAUUUGCCGUGGACCUCGCCAACGUCUGGAGAUUUCCCUACCUCUGCUAUAAGAAUGGAGGAGGUGCGUUCCUGGUGCCAUACAUGUUCUUCAUGGUGAUAGCUGGCAUGCCGCUCUUCUACAUGGAGCUGGCUCUGGGACAGUAUAACAGAGAGGGGGCAGCGGGCGUCUGGAAGAUCUGUCCAAUAUUUAAAGGUGUAGGCUUUACAGUGAUCCUCAUUUCCCUCUACGUUGGUUUCUACUAUAACGUCAUCAUCUCCUGGGCGCUGUUCUACCUCUUCUCCUCGUUCACCAGCGAGCUGCCGUGGGUCCACUGCAACAACACUUGGAACAGUCCUAACUGCUCCGACUGGGCUGACAACAGCUCAAUCGGUGACAUUUACAAGUCAACCCCUGCUCAGGAGUACUUUGAGCGAGGGGUGCUCCACAUCCAGGACAGUAAUGGUAUUGAUAAUCUGGGCCGUCCACGUUGGCAGUUGACUUCCUGUCUGGCCGUAGUGAUUGUUCUUCUCUACUUCAGUCUCUGGAAGGGAGUCAAGACCUCUGGCAAGGUUGUGUGGAUCACAGCCACAAUGCCCUAUGUGGUCUUGACUGUGCUGCUGAUCCGUGGAGUCACCCUGCCCGGAGCCAUCGAUGGCAUUAAGGCCUACCUCUCUGUGGACUUCCUGAGACUCUGUGACGCCAAGGUCUGGAUUGAGGCAGCAACACAGAUCUGUUUCUCUCUGGGAGUGGGGUUUGGUGUGCUAAUUGCCUUUUCCAGCUACAACAAAUUCAGCAACAACUGUUACAGAGAUGCCAUCAUCACGAGCUCCAUCAACUCCUUAACCAGUUUCUUCUCCGGCUUUGUGGUCUUCUCCUUCCUUGGGUACAUGUCCCACAAGCACAACGUAGCCCUGGAUAAAGUUGCCAGAGACGGUGCUGGUUUAGUGUUUGUCAUUUACCCAGAAGCCAUUGCAACAUUACCUGGAUCGUCUGUGUGGGCGGUUAUCUUCUUCAUCAUGCUGUUGACUCUGGGCAUUGACAGUGCCAUGGGUGGGAUGGAAUCGGUGAUCACAGGUCUGAUUGAUGAGUUUAAAUGCCUACACAAGCACAGGGAGCUGUUCACCCUCUUCAUUGUUGUUUCCACCUUUCUCAUAUCCCUCUUCUGUGUUACAAAUGGUGGGAUGUAUGUGUUCACUCUGCUGGACCACUUUGCUGCAGGAACAUCGAUUCUCUUUGGAGUGCUUAUUGAAGCCAUCGGCAUUGCAUGGUUUUAUGGAGUGGACCGAUUCAGUGAUGACAUUGAAGAAAUGAUUGGCCAGCGACCAGGCUUGUACUGGAGGCUCUGCUGGAAGUUUGUCAGCCCCUGCUUCCUCCUGUUUAUGGUGGUGGUGAGCUUUGCCACGUUUAACCCUCCAAACUACGGCACCUACACGUUUCCUCCAUGGGCUAACAUGGUGGGGUGGUGUCUGGCCAUUUCCUCAAUGUCCAUGGUGCCUCUCUACGCCAUCUACAAACUCUGCAUACUGCCUGGAAAGUUUUGCGAUAGACUGGCUUAUGCAAUCACCCCAGAGACAGAGCACCAUUUGGUAGACAACGGCGAGGUUCGGCAGUUUACGCUGCAUCACUGGUUGGUGGUCUGA